AACAAACAUAGUACACGCCCAACAGGACGCCCGGUGGUCCACACAAACUGUCUGCCCAUCCCAAGGCGACUUCGAAACGCACGAGCAUGCACCUACCAAUCACUACUAGCUGUCUAUCGCAUCUGGCAAGCAUCGUCUUAUGUAUACCCUGUACGUCGCACCUCACCACCACCACACCGAUGGAGGUGAGGUGUGUGGGGGAGCACCGCUCGCCGACUUUUCCUCACCUCACCACCACCACCCGACGAGCCGUCCCAAUCCAGCACCCCCUGUCUUGAGCUUCUCGUUCUCCUUCUUGACUUGUUCAAGCUCCUUCCUGACGCCUUCAUACAGCUCCAGGUAGCGUUCCUUCCUCCACCUCCCAUACAGUAUGUUGACCUCCGCACUCUCGAGAUACUCGAAGACGUUCACAGACUGAGUGCCCUUUCUCUUGUUAAGCCACGCCUUGAACCAAUCCAGGCGACCGUCGACGAGAAAGACAUAGAUGACCUCCUUGUCUUGUUCCUCUUGUGCCAAAAGCUCGCCGAGAUUUUUCAUGCUCCUGACGCCCCUCUCUAUCACUCCGGUGGUCCACAGUGCGUCCAGCUUAGCAGGGGUGAGCCCUGAGCUCUCCACCAAAGUGCCGAAGACGCAGCCAGUGAUCUCCUUCUUUUUUCGGCUCCUUGUAAAGAUAGUUGUCGACGAAGACAUCGACGAACGCCUUCCAGGCAGUGUAAUUGCCCUCCAUAGCCACGGGCAGAUACCACCAAUCAGCGACGUGUUCCAUCUCGUCUUCGUCCUCGUCGAAGAGCGCACUCAGUCGAUGGAUUCCAGAUGGAAUUGCGAGGCCAGCCGGGAGGACAGGCAGGUAGCCGACGCGGAUAGCAUAGCGGAUCUUGCCGUCGUAGCGGGCUGAGUCGCCGAAUGUCGCGUAUAUCUUCCGCUGGCAAUCGACGGCGGAGAUCGGCGGUAUUUCGAGAGCCUCCUCGUCUACAUCUGUGCUCGAGAUCUGCAGCAGAAGAAGCGAGAUGAGCGAAACAGCUUCGACAGCAUGCUUUCUGUACGUGCUGAGCUUACCGAGUGGUGCACGAGGUUUUGAACUCGAAACUGGUGUUGCUGCAUGAUGUGUGGAAACACAGCCCGCUCCUUUGCAGGAAAGUGGGGGCUGAAUGAAGACGAGGGGCGGAACUUGAAGCUGCUCACCAGCCCCAUCACCAACGACAGCACUGGCACCAUGAGCAGUGAGUGGCUGCUCGGAGGAACAUCGCCAUAAGGAGGAAUCCACAACUCCUGGUCCCCGGUUGGUUGGUGAUUGGUUACUGUGAUGAGGAGGGGUG